CGCCAGACUGACAAGGAUAGAAGUACAACGAAUGGCCACAUAAAUAGUUAGUAAUAUAGGACAUAGGUACACUUAUAUUCUCUAGAUAGAGGAAUAGUUGCGUGCUAUUUCUAAACUUUUUUCCUAAAACGAAAUUAGUAAAUACAAUUAAUUUCAGGCAUUUUUUGGUAAUUCAACUCAUUGGUUGGCCCCCCUCUCCCUCCUCAGCUCUAGGCCUACGGACUAGUGUCUUGUACUACUACUACUACUAGCAUUUUGCAGCUAAAGAGAUGUCAUUUGUAGUUGUUUAUUUUAGUUAAACUAAAGAAUUAAUUUUAAAAACAUUUAGUCCAUUCAAUUAUCUUUCAUUUGAUACCAAAUUUUGUCUUACAACCUAACAAUAAUAUUUAUUAAAAAAAUUUAAUCUCAACCUCUAACUUCUUGAUGAACCCGGGUCUGAAUAGCCACUUGGUUAAAAUUAUGGCAGUGUCUACACGUCCGGCGCGCCGGACGUCUAUCUCCCGCACUAUGUGUCCGGCGACCAAGUCACAUGACCGCCGUAACAAAGUGGCGAGAGAUAUCGUGUCGGUCAGCCUUGUCACGUGACUGUUUGUGUACCAGUAAUCCAUAAAAUAAAUUAGGGGCCAGUGUGGCAACCAAUAAAAGUUAAAGAUUUCAUUUUAAAUUAUUUCAAUUGCUACAAAAUAUUUAAAAACUUCUCAUGAAACUACUGUUGCAGAGGAACAUGAUAAUAUAAAUAUAUACAAAAUAUUUUAAUUAAAAUGGGAAGAAAAAAAACGACCCUAUCCCCGGUAUAGAUCCUCAAACAUUCCUAUCGUCAUGCAACCACUCUACCACAAGACCAGACAAGAUGUACUAAAUCGUACUUCGUUUGGAAUUAUAAAAACUACUAGCCGUCCGGCCAUGUCCGGCGGUCACGUGACAAGUCGCCGGACGUGUAUCUUGCGCACUACACGUCCGGCGCGCCGGACGUGUAGACACUUCGUAAAAUUAUUGUGCAGUUCAGAGUUGUACAUUUUUGAAAACCAGCUUUUAAUAAUUAAUACUAAUAGUUAAAUGAGGUUAGGGUAAAAUAUUGUUUCAGUUUUUGCGAAUAUAAUUAUUGUUACUGUUACACUUUAGAAAUCUAAAUAGCGAAUUAAGUUAAUUAUAUUUAUAUGUAAAGUAUUUAAUUUCUUAUUAAGUAAGGGGCCAUCCAUUUUCUUUACAUCUACAUACAUUUAUUAUAUAUCAGAUUACAACACAAGGUAAUAUAAGGCUAAAGUUCAAUAUGUGUUCUCAAACAAUAUUUACAAGUACAAUAAUCCAAAAUCAUUUCACAACAUAUAAUAUUUUACACAAGCAUUCUCAAAAGAAAAUUGCCAAUCAUUUACUAAAUUAAAAAAACCAACAAAAUCUUGUUCCAGAUUUUUUGGGUUGCAAACAUUUACUUUGUAACUACCCAUCUGCCUAUGCCUGUGCCAAUAAUUAACCAAUAAAUGAGUUUAAAAUUAAUUUAAACACAUUAAUACAGCCCUUUCGAGUAUUAUUGUUAAAUCAUUUAUAUUAACUUCGUUUUUGUCCCAAAAAUCAGCUUAACCUGUUUUUAAGGGGAAGCGAAUUCACAUACAGCCCGUCAUCGAGCUGAAAACUUGGCACAUAAGCUCAUUGCAGAUGACAGCACAUUCUAUCAAAUUUUCAACCCCAACCCCUAAAAAUAAGUUUCCCCCGUUUUUCAAGGGGGAGGACAGGAAUGUUAAUGCUUUGUUAAAAAUGGGUGCAGAUUUUGGUGUGUACAGUAACUUCAAUGCAAACCAAAAUGCCAAUAAAGGAUUUAGAUGAUCAACUUGUUGUUUUUAGGGGUUCUUCUGAUUUAUAUAUGAAAUUUAUUCUGAAUAAUCAACUAACAAAUUUCUGGAGAUUUAAGAAAGUUUUUCACUAUUUUCAACUUCUCCUAAUUUCACUUUAAAGUUUGCUGUAUAUUUUUGUUAUCAAAUAAUAAAGAUAGCUUUAUUGAGCCUUCUGUUAUAUUAUAUUCAAUGUUGGAAUGAUCAGCCAUAUAAUUAAUAUUUCAAAUUUUGGCAUUACCCUAAUUCAUUUUAUUUAUUCAAUGCAAAAAAAUUCAGGUGACAAAAGUAACAGCCACCUAACUAAUGUAAGAGAGUGAUUUUUCAAAAGAAAUAUCAUAGAAUCAAAAAGACAACUUCUUAGUCUUCACAGAAACAAGGUUUUAUUGUGUCAGUAAAAGCACAAUGGCUAGAAGAGUACUAGAAGCAGAACUUCUAGCUAGUCAAGGAAUGAGUAAGUUCUAACGACCAUAGUUCCUUUUCUUUUUUUAAUUGUCUAUUUAUCGCAGUCACGUUGACCACCACUUCUCUGUUACUUUUCAUAUCAAUGUUACAUACUCCGGUGAAAUUAUUACAUAAUAUAUUAAGUAGGCUUACUGCCAUUAGGAUAAGCCUGUGUGACUUCUGCUCAAUUCUUCUGGCUUCAAAUAUGGUUUAAUAAAUAUUUAAUUGUUUAGUAAUAGUUUGACCUUUAGGUUUUAUAACUGACAAACAGAUGUUUCAAUGAAAGAAAAGUUAAAAAUUUAAUUAAAAAAAAAAUAAGUUGAAUUUCACAUCCCUUUAAAAUUGUUAAAAUAAAAACAUGAUCAACAUAUGGUUUUAUUUUGGUUUGUUUUAAGAUGUAUCAAAUAUUGUUAAAAUUCUAGCUCCACAGCCCAUGGGACCAGCUAAAGCUGUGGAACUUUUCAAAGAGUUCAAGUUACAUAAAACAUUCAGUGGUAUAUUCAGCCUGCAAUUCAAUUAUAAUGGUGACACGCUGGCAGUGGGUUUUGGGGCAGGUGGUAUACAGGUGAGUUGCUCAUGUCAAUUAAUUUGAAACUUGCUAGUGUUAUCUUAACAUGUUGUGUGACAGUUAAUGCUAGUUAAAGUUAAAUCUGCAACAAAGUCAUGUAUCGAGCUUAUACUUAUAAAUUUUAUCAUAAUGAGUUUGUUAAAGUAAUCACAAAUAACACAUCUCCCAGGGGUAUGUAUGAGGGAUGUAAUGCUGUGUUCAAUAGGCACACACAAUUAAGUUCCCAGAACUUGGUACUAAUUGGCAUUCUUAUAAAAAGUGCAUUGUUUGGCCAUAUAUCUCUUAGUAAAUAAAUAACAAACAAAAGCAGAUGCUUGCACAUUUCAGUUCAUUGUAGCCAUAGGUUGUCAAAAAAAAUAUCACAAAAAUAUAAAUAUUGCACAUUUAAGUGAUGGGAGCUGUCUGCAGGCUCAAGUUUUUAUUCCGUGUAUCUUUUUUUAAUAGUUCAAAGUGUAUCUUUGGAAGUUAAAUGGGCCGCACUUUUCGGAUGUGACCAGGCUAACUCAAGGUGACAUGGCUGCAUAGUUUCCUGCACCAGUUGUAACUUCAGAUCAGCGUCUCAAUUCUGCAUUAUAGAUUGUCAUUGGCAUGAAGUUUCUAUUGAUCUCUUAUAGGAAUUUGGUCUGGAAAACUUUCAGUGUAUGUUUCCAAUUUGCUAUGGAGUUCCUGGCAUUAAUUUCCUGUACACAAUCAGCGCAUCGUCUGUCUAUCCUUGCUCCAAUGGUACUAAAAUUUCCUUGGGCCGUUGUUGCUUAUGUCCUCCACAACAGAAUUUUUCUCUUUGCUUGUGAGUGGCUUGGCCAUUUUUUUCCCACUCAAAUAGAGUUCCCUUUCAAAGACAUUUUGAUAAAGGUUCCAAUCUGAGCGUGACACCUGGUAUCUAGCAAUAUAUUUUUAGUAAAGCUCACUUUCUUUUUCAUGAUUAUGUUUGCUAAAUUAAGAAUUUUGGUAUGUUAGCGAAUGUUAGAUUUAGUUUUUUAAAAUAAUUCUCCUGGAGAAUACUUUUUUUUAAGAGCUUCCGGUAUUCAAAAUAUUGCCACCAUUUGUAAAUUUCCCCUCUGCUUGUUAUUGGCUGUUUGAAAUCUGAAUUUUUUUUUACCCCCCUCACUGAUACAUUUUGCCAUAAUUUUCCAGACAUAUGCAACAAACACUGGCACACUGUGCAAGGAGCUCAGGUCCUGUCGACAAGGUGGCUACGCCAUAAUGGUCUUACGCUUUCACCCUAAAGACCCCAAUAUCCUCUAUGCAGCCUCUACAGAAGGCCAUAUUUAUGUAUUAAAUAUUUCUACUGGAGAGACACUGGCUACCUUGGAAGGUUUGUUUCAGCUAUUUAUAGUUUUUAACCACAAUACCUAUGAGCAACAGUAUUGCAAUGGGUUGUGUGUGUCUAUUGCAUGCUCCUCUUGUUUUAAUGUAAUGGAAGCUAUACUUCAAUAAUGCUGUUGUUUGAACCAUUCCAAAGUAACACCACCCCCCCCCCCCCCCCCCCCCCCCCCCCCCAUUUAUCAGUAAGAACAGCAACUUACUUCAAUUAUUUUUUUCAUUUUAAUGACAUCAUACAAACUAACAUUUUAAUGACAUAAUACAAACUAACAUUUUAAUGACAUAAUACAUACUAACAUUUUAAUGACAUAAUACAAACUAACAUUUUAAUGACAUAAUACAUACUAACAUUUUAAUGACAUAAUACAAACUAACAUUUUAAUGACAUAAUACAAACUAACAUUUUAAUGACAUAAUACAAACAUACAUUUUAAUGACAUCAUACAAACUAACAUUUUAAUGACAUCAUACAAACUAACAUUUUAAUGACAUAAUACAAACUAAGAUUUUAGUGACAUCAUACAAACUAAGAUUUUAGUGACAUCAUACAAACUAACAUUUUAAUGACAUCAUACAAACUAACAUUUUAAUGACAUAAUACAAACUAACUUUUAAAUGACAUAGACAUAAUACAAACUAACAUUUUAAUGACAUCAUACAAACUAACAUUUUAGUGACAUCAUACAAACUAACAUUUUAAAAUUAAGAUGUAAAGAAGCAAAAACUUGUAAAUUUUGUUAUUGGCUUGGCAUACCUUGACAUACCUUGGCAUACCUUUUCAAUUGCACUUAAACAAUACCAUAGGGCUAACUUUAAAAUUGUAAAUAUUAUUGUUGGUCUUUAUUCUGUCCACAUCCAUCUUUAAAAAUGAAUGUAAAUUUGUUGUCACUAACACUGUGAUUCUUAUCCAAUUUUUACUCCAAUAUGGCAAUAGAAAUAUGGCAAAAGUGUAAAUUAUUGUCAAGUUUUUGAUAGGCUCAUAAUGACAUUUUUCUUUUGUUCAGAGAUGGGAAAUGAGAUUAAUUGCAUGGACUUCAGUGUUGAUGGUUACAACUUUGCUACAGGCGGGAAGGACCUUGCUAUUAGAAUUUAUGAGACCAAAAGUAACAAGGUGAUUUUAUUUUAAUAGGCAGUUGCCAAAUUCAAAUUACUAUCUGAUCAAUUGGCACACUACAAGAAACACAUUUUGAAUAAAAUAUAUUCCUGAAGUAUUAAUUUUGGGUGGAAUUUUAUACCUGUUUAUUACAAGUCAUUAUAUCAGCGGUUCUCAACCUGUGGGUCGCGACCCCUUUGGGGGUUGCACAACCCUUUCCCAGGGGUCUCCUAAGACCAUCUGAGAAAAAUAUACGCUCUACAGUUAUGAAGUAAUAAUGAAAAUAAUUUUGUGGCUGGGGGUUGCCACAACAUGAGGAGCUCAAUUAAAGGGUGGAGGCAUUAGGGAGGUUGAGAACCACUGCAUUACAUGGAUGUGAAGGGAAGAUGCUUUAAAUAUCCCCAUGAUGGUAAAUGUAUGUCACAAAAAAUUCAAUAUUUGAAUCUUAACUCCCCUUGUCAUAUUUGAAUCUUAACUCCCCUUGUCAUAUUUGAAUCUUAACUCCCCUUGUCAUAUUUGAAUCUUAACUCCCCUUGUCAUGUUCAACUUACAUCCCACAUGGAAAGCUUUUGACCAUUUUUAUUUUAAUAUAGCUGAAAAAGAAAAUGAUCUAAUUGUGUGCUCAAUUGAAAAUGAGGGGAGGAGUAUACUUUGACUGCUCUAAUGACAUAUACUUUGACUGCUCUAAUGACAUAUACUUUGACUGCUCUAAUGACAUAUACUUUGACUGCUCUAAUGACAUAUACUUUGACUGCUCUAAUGACAAUAAUGCCAAUGAAAGAGAUUUGAUAUGACCUUUUUCAUGGACACCUGCUGGUUGGUUUGGUGUUGUUACUACUCUAAAUUAGCUGAUGGUAUUCAGUGGUACUCUCUUAUAUUAUUAUAUUAUCAUGUGCCUGUCUGUGUAUGGUAUUCAGUGGUACUCUCUUAUAUUAUUAUAUUAUCAUGUGCCUGUCUGUGUAUGGUAUUCAGUGGUACUCUCUUAUAUUAUUAUAUUAUCAUGUGUCUGUCUGUGUAUGGUAUUCAGUGGUACUCUCUUAUUGUAUUAUAUUAUCAUGUGCCUGUCUAUGUAUGUAUUUAUACCUAUAUACUAAACAUAUAUAUUUUUAUAGAUAUUCAAUAAUUAAUUAAAUGUUUAGGGUGAAACAUCUCAUUGACAAAUGCACAAACUUGCAUGUAAACUUAAACAUCUCAUUGACAAAUGCACAAACUUGCUUGUAAACUUUAAAGCAAUUGAAGACAAUUAUUUGGACCUUAUUUUUUAUUCUAAACUACAUACAAACAUGUUAAACAUAAACAUUUUCCCUUAUUCCCCAUUUGUUUCUGCAAUGUGAGCAUAUAAUGUUACCUUGAGACAUUUGCCUCUGUUGACAGCAAGCUACUUAUUCUUAAAUUUCCUUCAAUUCAGAAAUAUAUUAGUAAGCAUUUAAGGGUGUAUAUUUAAAAUUGAACAAGAUUUUCCAAAUCUGACCCUUAAAAUGACUUUAAAAUCCAAGCUGUAAAAUUGUUGAAAUCACAACUCAAAAAUCUAUGGUAUUUAAAUUAAGAGGCUUAGAAACAUUGUUAUUGGUACUAAAGUGUUACAGUAGUGACUACUUGAAGCAUGUCUUCGAUUGCUUAAGGCUUAUUAAAAAGAAGUUGAUUUUUCUCUCAGGUGGUUAAAACUUAUCCUGGCUUUGGCAGUGGCGGUAGUGUCUUUGAAAAAAAUCAAGUGGGAAACACCAUGCGGGUCUUUUCUCUCAAGUUUCAUCCCAAUAACCAGUACAUUUUUGUCAGUGGUGGCUGGGACAACCACGUCAAGGUAUGUAAAGGUUUCUAAAGUCUGUUGAUCAGGCUGUCAUUUCUAUGCACAGCUCUGAACUGUUGAGCUUUUAUAACAAAUACUUUGCCAUUUCUUGUUCCAAACCAAAGUGUCCACAUCAUCUUCCAGUAUUUGCUAUUUCUUGUUCCAAACCAAAGUGUCCACAUCAUCUUUCAGUAUUUGCCAUUUCUUGUUCCAAACCAAAGUGUCCACACCAUCUUCCAGUAUUUGCUAUUUCUUGUUCCAAACCAAAGUAUCCACAUCAUCUUUCAGUAUUUGCCAUUUCCUGUUCCAAACCAAAGUGUCCACAUCAUCUUUCAGUAUUUGCCAUUUCUUGUUCCAAACCAAAGUGUCCACAUCAUCUUUCAGUAUUUGCCAUUUCUUGUUCCAAACCAAAGUGUCCACAUCAUCUUUCAGUAUUUGCCAUUUCUUGUUCCAAACCAAAGUGUCCACACCAUCUUCCAGUAUUUGCCAUUUCUUGUUCCAAACCAAAGUGUCCACACCAUCUUCCAGUAUUUGCCAUUUCUUGUUCCAAACCAAAGUGUCCACAUCAUCUUCCAGUAUUUGCUGUCUUCAAAUGUGUUGGGAUUUAAUUUUACCAAAAUAUUGUAACAGCUUUUUAAACAGAUCUCCAUUUUCAUCAUGAUAUCAUUAGCUUAGGAAAUUGUUCAGCUUAAAUUCUUUGUUCACAAUUACAACUGAAAAAUUGUGUUGAUCCUUUUGUCAGUGGCAGUUUAGAUUUCUAAUAUUUGAUUUGCAGAUAUCAAAUUUCAGAUAGCCACACUGACUCAUUCGACAAACAGGUUAUUUCAAAGCUAGACCUGACUCUAGUAACAGAAGAAAGAAUUUAAAAAACUUUUUUUUUAAAAAGUUAUGAAAAGUUAAGCUUAUCUUUAUCUAGAUCUAAAAAAGUUUAUUCUGACAUGGGGAAAAUUAAGAUAACCUAUAUCUAGAUCUAAAUAAGUUGAUUCUAACAUGGGAAAAAUUAAGAUAACCUUUAUCUAGAUAUAAAUAAGUUGAUUCUAACAUGGGAAAAAUUAAGAUAACCUUUAUCUAGAUAUAAAUAAGUUGAUUAUAACAUGGGAAAAAUUAAGAUAACCUUUAUCUAGUUCUAAAUAAGUUGAUUCUAACAUGAAAUAAAAUAAAAGUUCAAUGAAGUAGAAGUUGAAACCAAAAUCAAUUAUGUCUGGAUUGUUUUGUUACUUUCUAGGAUGCUUGGAUAAACCCAUAAUUUAUUCUAGAUCAUUCAUCACGUACAUUUUUGCUAUGUCUCCUACUGAGGUCGUUUCAAAACUCUCACAGUAUAAUUCACGAAUAAAACUAUUUCACAUGUUGCGUGCAGGACUCCUGAGGAACCGAUGAGAAUCUCAUUUACUUAUGAUAGCAUCCCAAACCAUUAUCAGCAUCCAAAACCUUGCAUUAGACCAGGCCUGCACAACUCAAAAUGUAAGGCGGGCCGUAAUAAUUAUGGAAAAAUUGUGCGGGCCAAAAAAAAAUAGGACGGGGGAAAGCUAUUAAGAAAAUAAUAAAAUAAAAAUAAUAUUUCGUUAACUUGGCGGGCCGCAAAGUGGGUGCUGGCGGGCCAGAUGUUGUUCAGGCCUGCAUUAGACAAUCUCAUUCUCUGAAUUUUGUUUACUUUUCUAUAAUAAUUAUUUUAUCAUUCUUUUAUUAACUAGUAUUUAACUUAUUUUUGUUGGUAUAAUCUUUAUGUUUAAGUAGUUAUUAAUUUUGUUAAAAGUUUCCCUAUGAUCAGUACAAAAUUUUUCAGAGAAUAUUGAUCCACAUGUAAAACGAACCCUUAAUUUUUGUUGUUUGAAAAAAACCUUAAAAUGUCAUGUCCUCGUAUAAAGCGAUCUGUUAAUCUUGUCCCAUGUUAAUACAAUAGAUAUUAAUGAAAUAAAUAUUUAUUGAUAAGAAAAAUGUAAAAAAUCCUUUAAAUUAUCUAUUAAAUUAACUGUGGUCAUGCUGAUAAGACUAUGCUGACAUGCUACAUUACUGGUGUUAUGCGCAGAUACAAUACGCGCUCAGUCGCUGAAUGCGAGUUGGCCAAGAGAUUUUGUUGUAUUUGGGUUAGUAUGCAUCAUUAACUGGUAAUAAAAGAUGUCUUACAUUCAGUUGCUGAAUGCAAGUUGGCCAAGAGAUUUUGUUGUAUUUAGGUUAGUAUACAUCAUUAACUGGUAAUAAAAGAUGUCUCACAUCCACAUCUUAGGCAAAUCCCCUAGUUUAAGGUACCAUUAUUUGCCCUGAAUUUCUUGCAUUCUACUCUGUAAUAUAUGGUAUGUGUAUGCGAUAGCUAUUACAUGAAAACAGAUGAAUAAAAGUUUCCGAAAGCAUUACAAAUCGCAAUUUUACUUUAAAAUCCAAAAUGUAAAAAAUGUCUUUCCAGAUCUGGGAUAUUCGUGACAAUGAUGGCAUUAAAAGAAACAUAAGUGGACCUCAUAUUUGUGGAGAUUCCAUCGAUUUGAUGGUUUGUAAUAGAUUGAAUGGUUUACAAUAGAUUUAAUGGUUUUUAAUAGAUUUAAUGGUUUGCAAUAGAUUUAAUGGUUUGCAAUAGAUUUAUGGUUUGCAAUAGAUUUGAUGGUAUAUUCUUCUUAGGAAUUGUGUACCCAUUUUUGGUGUGUUUUUCUGAAAUAAUCUAAAGAAAUGAUUUUGUUUAGACCUCUGACUGAUGUAAAUGAUAAAAAGUUUGUGCAUUAAUAAGUAUACCAGUAGGAAACAAGCAAAACAUUAAAAGAAAUCAUUUUAUACAAGAUUCUUGCCAUUACAGUAUAUCGGUAUAGCGGAAUAGUUGGUUCUCAUUUUUACUUAUGACAUUUUUAGAAUAAAUUUGUCAUUAAUAAAAUACUUAAAUAUCUAUGGAAAAGUUGUAUCAAAUGUUAAAAUGUGAUUGCAUAAGUAAACACUCUUAAAAAAUUUUUUAAUCAGCAGCCAUUAAACUGUUCUAGAGUGAUUUCCCAUCAGCUGAUUGUGCAUAACAAAUAAUGAAACAAAUAGGGUCCAAAAUAAAAAAAAUUGUAAAAUUCCUUUCACUUGUCAUUGAUGCAAUGGGAAACUUCUCCACCAGAUUUAAAAGUUUGAGAACCACCGCUCUAGACCAUUGGCCUUUAAUCAGUAAGAUGAAAAUUGUUCCCAUACAUUUAAUUAACUAAAUAAAAUGUGUCCAUUCUGAAUUAGGAAAAUAGGAUACUGACCGGUCAAUGGACAGCACUGCACGCUCUUCAAGAGUUUAAUUAUACAACAGGAGCACUGAGCAGAGAAAUUAAAUACCCCAACACUGAUGGGGCUUUCCUCUACGCUUCCCUCUACAGUAAUGAAGACACCGUGUUUGCUGGAGGAAGUGGUACGAACAGAGCUGAACUCAUAGAGAUUUCUACCAACAGGGUGAGUACCGGCUCAUUAUAAAGUUCAUAAACAUAUUUUUACUUUUGCUUUAAGUGAAGGGGAUAAUACUAGUGGCAGAAAUAAAAAAUGUCAGGCUGCCCUGGCCGGGACACUAAGAUACAAUGCUGAAUGAUGAGCAGUAGUGUGGGUACACUACCAAAACUCCAGAGGAAAAGGGCUCAAAGGCAGAUCUGGGCUUAGAUGUUUAAACCAUGUGAGAAAAGAUAUACAGCAGAUGGUAAUCUUAGCAUGGAAAAGAAAAGCACCAGUUAGGUCCGAGUAGAAGGAAGGGUGUGUCCUAUCCAACCUCCAUCUUUUCCUUAUGAUGUCUUCAGAGAUAGGCUCUUGUAUUUCCUUUCCAGUAAGUCAUUUAUCUUUCAAUACAAAAAUUGAAUAGAAACAAGAAGACAAUAAAACUGAGGUUGUUGUGUCCCUCUGACCACAGCAAUAAAACUGAGGUUGUGGUGUCCCUCUUACCACGGCCUACACAGACCUUGAUUCAAAACAACUUAAUUAAAUAAUCAAUAAUGUUUUAUCUUGUGUUUUCUCCUGCAAAUUGUACUUGAAUGAAAAAAGCACACACAUAUUGAGAUUUAAAAGAAGAGCUAGCAGGGGCAAUGAAUUGACGUUUUCAUUAAAAUCAAGGGAGAGCACACACAUAUUGAGAUUUAAAAGAAGAGCUAGCAGGGGCAAUGAAUUGAUAUGUUCAUUAAAAUCAUGGGAGAGCACACACAUAUUGAGAUUUAAAAGAAGAGCUAGCAGGGGCAAUGAAUUGAUAUGUUCAUUAAAAUCAAGGGAGAGCACACACAUAUUGAGAUUUAAAAGAAGAGCUAGCAGGGGCAAUGAAUUGAUAUGUUUAUUAAAAUAAAGGGAGAGCAAAAGGCUGAUCAACUAAGAUCUGCACAAAUCUUCAUGAAAUGUUUCAUCUGUUUCUUUACAACAGAAUUAUAGUGAAAUGCUUCUUGAGUGACUUUUAACUUUGACCUACUCACUGCAGCUUAUGGUAUAAUGGCAUUUGACCUACUCACUGCAACUUAUGGUAUAAUGGCAUUUGACCUACUCACUGCAGCUUAUGGUAUAAUGUCAUUUGACCUACUCACUGCAGCUUAUGGUAUAAUGGCAUUUGACUACUCACUACAGCUUUUGGUAUAAUGGCAUUUGACCUACUCACUGCAGCUUAUGGUAUAAUGGCAUUGGACCUACUCACUGCAGCUUAUGGUAUAAUGGCAUUUGACCUACUCACUGCAGCUUAUGGUAUAAUGGCAUUUGAUCUACUCACUGCAGCUUUUGGUAUAAUGGCAUUGGACCUACUCACUGCAGAUCUGUUUAAAAAACAACAAAUUUAAUUUUUGUCGGUCAGUUUAAAUUACUUCUUCUUUGAAUAAUUGUGCAGCUCAUUAUUAUGCAGUUUGUUUCACAUACCUACAUUUUAUUUGCUCUUACUUAACAACUAAGAAGAGUGCCAGGGCUCAUGCACGCAGUAGGAUUACAGAGAUGGUAGUUAAUCUUGAUGGUGCAUGCCAGAUUUGACCAUUCUUUACCAGUAAUAUUCACAGUUUUUGCUUUUCAUUAACUUUUUCUAUUACUUAAAUGUUCAGCAUAUUGGUGGCCAUCAAAUGCCUGCACCUGUCCAUGCCUUAGACAGCGCUUGCCAAGGGAGAAUACUGGCUGCUGGCGGUGCCGGUGCAUCAUUUGUGAUUCUCAAAGUGUUGGAAUAAGUUUUCACAUGAAUAAGAUCUGCUACAAUCUAGUAGAGGUUAAUGUAUUUAGAGAUAUAUUUUGAACAUUGUUUUCUGACUUGUGGGCUAUUUUAUAAACAGGUGUGUGCGUGCGUGCGUGCAAAGUUGUCAUCAACUGCUUGGUUCUAACAAUAGAAACUUUGCCAGUGAUAAAAGUUUGAAAUAAUUUUAAAGAAUAUUACUUAAUUAAUGACUUGGUGAAGAUUAUUUAAGACAUAACUUAAAUAAAUUUAAUUCAAUUGCCUAACCGCAUCUAUUGCUGUAACUAAAUGUAAAAGGAUAUUAGUAUUAUACAAAUUAUAUAAAACCCCAGAUUCAAUAAAACCCCAGAUUCAAUAAAACCCCAGAUUCAAUAAAACCCCAGAUUCAAUAAAACCCCA